UGAAGCAGGUGCUGGGGACCCUCCCUGGGGCCCUCUGCUAAGCCCGCGGCGCCUAGGUCUCCGGGAUCCCAGCCAGCACCCAGCACCGGGGGAGGAGGCCUGGGUUGCUGGGGAGCACCCCUGGGGGGCCGGAGCCAGGCUGUGGCCAGGGGAGCGGGGGGAGGAGAAAGGCCGGAGCAUGUCGUCCCAGGCGGCCGGGAACCAGACCGCCUCCGGGGCCGCAGACGACUACAGCGACUGGUACCUCGAUGAACCCCAGGAUGGCCAGGAGCUCCCGCCAGAGGGGGCAGUGCCCUCCUGCCACCCCAGCGUGCUCUCCGGCCUCCUCCACACCUGCCUGGCGGUGCUGUCGGUCCUCGUGCUGCUGCUGCUGGCUGUGCUCAUGAGGCGCCGCCAACUCCGGCCCCGCUCCAGGCAUGGUGGGCCUGGACUGCCCAGCCCUGUGGACUUCUUGGCUGGGGACAUGACCUGGACAGUGCCCGCGGCUGUCUUCAUGGUCCUCUUCAGCUCCUUGUGUUUGCUGCUCCCCGCUGAGGACGCGCUGCCCUUCCUGACCUUGGCCUCGUUCCCCAGCGGAGAUGGAAGAACUGUGACUCUGAGAGGGCCUUGGAAGAUACUUGCCCUGCUCUAUUACCCUGCCCUCUACUACCCUCUGGCCGCCUGCGCCACCGUCAGGCACGGAGCUGCACACCUGCUCGGCAGCAUGCUGUCCUGGGCUCACUUUGGGGUCCAGGUCUGGCAGAGGGCAGAGUGUCCUCAGACACCCCAGAUCCACAAGUACUACUCCCUGCUGGCUUCCCUGCCUCUGCUUCUGGGCCUUGGAUUCCUGAGCCUUUGGUACCCGGUACAGCUGGUGAGAAGCAUCAGGCGCAGGCCAGGAGCGGGCUCCGAGGGGCUGCAGAGCAGCUACUCGGAGGACUAUCUGAGGACCCUCCUCUGUCGGAAGAAGCUGGCAAGCAGCUCCCGCGCCUCCAAGCAUGGCUUCCUGUCCCGGGCCUGGGUGUCCUACAGAAACUACAUCUACACUCCACAACGAGGAUUCCGACUCCCUCUGAAGCUGGUGCUUUCAGCCACUUUGACGGGGAGCGCCAUAUAUCAGGUGGCCCUGCUGCUGCUGGUGGGCGUCGUACCCACCAUCCAGAGGAUGAGGGCAGGGAUCACCACUGACAUCUGCUACCUGCUGGCUGGCUUCGGGAUCCUUCUCUCGGAGGACAAGCAGGAGGUGGUGGGGCUGGUGAAGUACUACCUGUGGGCUCUGGAAGCUUGCUACAUCUCAGCCUUGGUCCUGUCGUGCUCACUCACCUUCCUCAUGCUGAUCCGCUCACUGGUGACACACAGGGCCAACCUGCAAGCUCUGCACCGAGGGGCUGCCCUGGACCUGGGCCCCCUGCCCCAGCACUCCCACCCCUCCCGCCAGGCCAUAGUGUGUUGGAUGAGCUUCAGCGCCUACCACACUGCUUUUACCUGCCUUGGGCUCCUGGUACAGCAGAUCAUCUUCUUCCUGGGGACCACAAUCCUUGCCUUCCUGGUGUUCAUGCCCGUGCUCCAUGGCAGGAACCUCCUGCUCCUCCGACACUUGGAGUCCUCAUGGCCUUUCUGGCUGACCUUGUCCCUGGCUGUGAUCCUACAGAACACGGCAGCCCACUGGGUCUUCCUGAAGACUCACCAUGGACGCCCAGAGCUUACCAACCGGCGAGUGCUCUAUGCAGUCACCUUCUUUCUCUUCCCCAUCAACGUGCUGGUGGGUGCCAUGGUGGUCGCCUGGCGGGUGCUCCUCUCUGCCCUCUACAACGCCAUCCACCUUGGCCAGAUGGAUCUCAGCCUGAUGCCACCUAGGGCAGCCGCUCUGGACCCAGGCUACUACACAUACUGCAGCUUCUUGAAGAUUGAGGCCAGCCAGUCACAUCCAGCCACCACAGCCUUCUGCACCCUGCUUCUGCGCAUGCGGCAACCCAGGCGCCCCCAGGACGGCCUCAGACGGGAGGAGGAAGAAGAAGGGAUGCAGCUGCUGCAGACUAAGGACCCGGCGGCCAGGGGAGCAGGGCCCAGGGCCCGCCAGGGCAGGGCCCGCUGGGGAGUGGCCUACACGCUGCUGCACAACCCGGCCCUGCAGGCCUUCCGGAAGCCGGCCCUUUCGGGCACCUAGGCCAACGAGUCUGGCCCUGAGGGCGGGGAAGCCACUGCCUCCUGGUGGGUGCUGGGGUGCUUCCCCUCCUCCCAGCCCACGUCCUCCCCAGCCUCCCCAGCAUCCUCCCAGCCCCGGGAGCCUCUGCGUAGUGCCCACAGCUCUGCCGCCAGUUCCCCCAUCAGCUGCCAGCAGCAGAAGCCAGGGCGCUGGGCUCGGGCGGAGGUCUGUCCGCACCAGGAGCCUUGGGAGGGCUCUGGUUGGACUCUGGUUGGGUCCUGGUUGGGCCCCCGCAGGCUCUGGAAACCUCCUCCGAAGGAAGGAACUGGUGGUUUAGGCCCUUGGUCUGGGGGUCAGUGGAGCUGGGCGGCCGAGUCCAGGCCACUCCUUGUGCUGGCUCUGCACCCGCCUCAGCCCGCCCUGCAACCCUCUCCCGACCGGGCCGGGGGUUCAGGCCAGAACAGCCUCCUGUGCCAUCUCAGCCCAGCUCAGCCUCGGAUUCACCGCCAUGAACCACACAGCGUUUCCCCUGCUGCUCCCCGGGGGGCCUUGGGCCUUCCUGUAAGGCAGCCCCGGAGGAAACCAUGGGCUCCCACCCGGCAGCGAAGUCGUGGCACAAACCAGGCCCCACACCCCGCUGGCCACACUUGAGAGCCUGAUAUGUUUGCAGUUGGUGUGCCUUUAGAUAUUAUGAAAGAGGGUAGUGUGCUCCCUGUAAUAAACUUGUCCCUGAGAAA